AUGGUUGAACACAGCGUGGCCGUUCAUGCAGGCAAAGAUGGCAACUUUCGCCGUCAGGCCUCUGCCUUCCGCAACACUAUCUCUAAGGACGGUCCACACCCACCCGAGAAAGGCCGCUACAUUCUGUACUGUGCGCUGAUUUGCCCGUGGGCUAGCCGCACUCUGCACACGCGAGCACUCAAGCAGCUUGAAGAUAUCAUAGAUGUGGCCAUCGUGCACUACUCGCUGACGCCCAACGGCUGGUCAUUCUCGGUGACAGACAGUGUCGAGACGGGCGACCCAGUGUAUGGUUUCGAGAACACCAAACAGCUCUACCUGAAAGCCGACCCCAGCUACACAGCCAGGUACACGGUUCCGAUUCUGUGGGACAAGAAGCUUGGCACAAUUGUCAACAACGAAUCGUCUGAAAUCAUUCGCAUCCUCUACACUGCUUUUGACGAUCUCUUGCCAGACGAUAGCCCGGCCAAGGGCAAGACGUACUACCCGACCGACAAUGUUGAGGCCAUCCAAAAGAUUGACGAGCUCAAUGAGUGGAUCUACUCGGACAUCAACAAUGGUGUCUACAAGACUGGCUUUGCAACCGCGCAGGAGGUGUAUGACAAGGAGGUCGACAACCUUUUCUUGGCGUUGGAUCGAUUGGAGAAGCUCUUGUCGGAUGGGAGGGAGUACCUCGUGCCCGAGGUAGGACUGAGCGAUGCGGACAUCCGUCUCUACCCGACUUUGGCUCGGUUUGACACGGCGUAUCACAAUCUGUUCCGAUGCAACGUGGGGAUGAUCCGACAUGACUAUCCGCACAUCCAUCGAUACCUACGCCGGCUCUACUGGAACGAGAAGGCGUUCAGGGAUUACACCAACUUUGAUCACAUCAAAAAGGGAUACUCGAGUGUUGGAGGCAACAAGGGGAUCGAGCCAAGAGGACCGUUGCCGCAUAUGCUCCCGCUGGAUGCCUGA